AGAAUCUCUGCUUCUCUGCUUUUGAAACAAACUAGCCGUUGUGUUCCAUUUUUACAUUACCCACCCAUCCCCCCUCAUCAAAUUUUCUUUCACAUUUCCCCAGUCACAAUCUUUUAUCAUUACCAUCCAAGAUUUUGUUGUUUUCCAUUCUAAAACCCUAAACCCCCAUCACAUUCAAUCAAGCUAACAGUAAACGAAACAAAGUAAACAAAAAUUUUCAAUAAUGACAUCAGUUUCCAAAACUUCUUCAUCGUCGAUCCCAUGUAGAACGAACGCUAAUACGAGAAAAUCCGAACUCUGCGACCCCACAAGGAGAAGUUUCAAUGGAAACCCUUUUACAAAGCCGGCUGUUAUCACAAAUCCCAAAGCAUUUAACCUCAACACUCCGGCUAAAAGCCCUUCAGAUUUUGUUCGAAGGUAUUCAACUGGCAGAGAAAGUGUAGCUUCUUUGCGUGAUCCCAACAAGGAGAAUUAUAUAGACCAGAAUCCGAAACCAACAAGACUCAGAUCACCAGCUGUUUCAAAGGGUACAAAGAAUUUCAUGGCACCAACAAUCUCGGCUGCUUCGAAGAUCAAUGCGUCACCUAGAAAGAAAAUCUUGGUAGAGAGAAACGAGCUGGCUCGAUCUUCUGUUUCAUUCUCUGAUGUCAAAAGUCUAAUCAUGCAAGAUAAUGAAUCAACCCCGGAGGUUGCUUUGAAGCCGAAGAAGGUUUCAUUUUCUGAUGUUAAAAGCAUGAUCAUGGAAGAUAAUGAAUGUAAGGAGCCUUUGGAAGGCAAUGCCAAUUCGGUUCAAGUGAUUCCCAGCUUAGAGAUUUGUCCUAAAGUUUCGAUUUUAGCACCACUUGAUGCAGAUCCAUUGAUGCUUCCUCAUGACCCCCAAACCAAUUACCUUUCUCCAAGGCCUCAGUUUCUUCACUACAGGCCAAAUCCUCGAAUCGAGCUUUAUCGGGAAAGAGAUGACAAGCAACUCGAGGAGUGCUUAGCAACCGAAAGCUAUUACGACACUGGAGAAACAGAGUCCGAAGGUUCCCAGAGAGAAUCUGAGGAUGCUGCUGCCACGGUUGAAGAGAGUUUUGAGACCAAAAGAAGGUCCAGGCAACAUUUUUGCAUCAAAUCAAAAUUCAUUGUUUUGCUUAUGGUUUUGGCCUUUUCUUACUUUUCAGUUCUAGCAGCUAAUUCUCCAGCUUUUACUUCUAGUGGAUUGGAAGAAUUAAGCCUAUUAAACUUCCAUGUGCCGCCUCAAGUCACCGCUUUUGCAAAAGCUAAAUUUGAUGUUUUCAGUGAAAAUCUUUGGCAAUGGUCGGAUAGCUUUGUAUCUUAUGUUUCCAGUUCGAGAGAAGGGGACAAAUUCAAUCUCUUUGAAUAUGCUAACUUGAGUCAUUUGCUAGAGGAUGAGGAUCAUGUGGUUGAUGAGGAGCACCACGGUCUCAUGUUUGAUCACAGUGUAAUAGCAAAUGAUAAGUAUCAUGGAGAGGUUGAAGCCAAUGAGGCAGUAGAUGAAGAUGAAGAAGAGAUAGAAGAAGAAACUGAUGCAGGAGAAGAUGAAGAACAAGAAGAUUUUAAAAGCUCGGAGCUGGUUCCAGAAGCUGAAACUGAUGCAACGGAGCAAGAGAUCAGAGCUGAGAUGAUUGAACUUGAUGAUCAGUUAGAUGCAGGGUGCAAUGUGGACCUUAAAGCUACUGAAAUUCAACAUGAUAUAUCCAAAACUUGGGACCCUGAGGGUGAUGAAUCGAGCAACAUUGCUGAAACAAUGUUCCCUGAGGAAGAUUCCACUUACAGCUCUCAAAUUUCGGUAGAUGAUUCCACAAUCAACGGACCUGAGGACCAGUUUCCCGUGAAGAAUAUGACGGGUUUUGCUUUGCUUGUGUUGUGUCUAUUAGCAGCUUCAGCUUUAGUCUACACAAAGAGAGGAAAGCCCUCAGUGGCAGCAGGUUUAAAGGAUACAAUCCAUGAACCAUGCCCUUCAGACAUGAGCAGCUCAUCAUCAGAGCCAAAUGAAAAUCAUCAGAGCCAAGAAAGGAGGAAGACUACUUACAGGAGAGAAUCUACAGCUUCAUCCGAUAACUCCAUGGGUUCGUUGUCCUAUGGUAGUUUUACCACGUACGAUAAGAUACCUAGCAAGCAUAGAGGAAGAGAAGAAGGGAUAGUGACCCCGGUUAGGCGUUCGAGCCGAAUCCGAAACCAAGUCAUGACUUCUCCAUGAUGAUGGAAAGAGCUUGUGUAGUUAGUUGUUACAAUUUGCACUGCUGCGCAAUGAACCAUUGUUCUUGGGAAGGAUGUUGACAUAGGGUAGAGCUUAUUGUUAUUGGAUGGUCUCCACUCUCCCAUUGCUUCAUCAACUCUAAUUCUUACCAAUCUAAUCUAAUCUCCUUUUUUUUUUCUUUUCUUUCUUAAUAUGAUUUUUCUUUUAUAUAUAUAUAAUCUUCUACAGUUUUUUAGUGA